AUGACAAAAACAGAUUUACCAACAGUCACCUCUAGAAAGGAUGCCAAAAAUUCGGAGAGCAAUUCCUUUUCACCAUCAACACUUUUUAGUAUUAGAGAAGUGGCAGAAAUGACUGCCUAUGGAAUUUUCUUUGGAGCUGUAUAUGGAGGAACACGAGGAUAUUUAAAUAUGAGAAAUAUUAAAAUCCCAACAGCAACCCUCGAUAAGAUGAGAACUAAUUUAUUCUACAGAAAACAAAUGAAGGAAAAGCAAAAUUUAAAGGAAAAUCCACCAUCACCAAACGAAUUUAAUCCAAAUAAGAGCAGCCAAGAUAAUGUCAAUACAGAAUAUGAUCCACAAUCGACUCGAGUUGAUAGAAAACAUAUUAUUUUGGCUCACUUGUUUCAUCAGGCAUUUAGAUUUGCCACAAAUGUUGGAUUAUUUGCAUUCUCAUUUUCAUCUAUUGAUUUAUUAUUGAGAAGUAAGAAUGUUUUCAAUUGUUACUAUUCAAACGACGAUGAAAAGGACGAAAAUUCGCUCAAAUAUCAAAUUCAAUCAAUUUCGGGACAAAUUGCCAAAGUUACACUCACAGAGGAUCAAUUAAAAACCAUUGAGGAGAAUGAUUUUUUAAAGGAGAGAGUUAAUCAAUUGAAUAUUUUACAUAAACCAAUUGCUGGAACUGUUUCAGGUGGAGUUUUUGGUUUACUGGCAUCAGUUCCUAAUUUAUUUAUGGGAAUUGGUACAGCUUCUGGAGCUCUUUCACUUACUAUUGCCUCAAUUGGAUAUGGAUUAAUAUUUGGAACAUUAUCAGGAAUGUGUUUAAUACCAUUGCAAAGUUUUUAUAUGGUUGAACGUUUUAAAGCAUAUCAACAAGUUGAAACUAAAAAAGAGGAUGAAGUUGAAUUGGCUUUACAACAAGAAGAAGAUGGUAUUGAAUCUGAAUUAUUGAAAGAGAUUUCUAAAAAGUCCAAAGUCAGUCUUCAAGCUUUCAUCAAUGAAGAAGAAACUUUUUUGAAUCAAUUAGAGAAGGUUUCUGAAAAGAUUAAGGAUAUUAAAUUGAAUGAUGAUGAGGAAAUAGAUAUUUCAACAAGACAACAACAAGAAAGGAAAUAA